AUGGUUCAAAUCAAGAUCAACAUGGAGCCAAAAGAUCCGGAGGAGGCACCCGAAGAGUUGGAGAAACUGAAGACCGCUGCCGACAUCGCAGCGGAGAUCAAGGAUAGAAACCGGAAAUUGGAUGUGAUUGUCCACGACUACAUCGUCGACAUGGACAGAUAUGUGUGGGUGAACAGCUGCUUCCUGGUUCUCUUCUUGGAUAUCUGGAUCAAAAUGAUGAUUGAGAUGGUGUCAGAGCGUGGAUCCUUCUGGAAGAGAUUCACUCUUUACGUCGAGACAUUCAUCUUUUUCGCUUCUUUCAUUCUUCUGGUUCUGUACAUCUGGGCGGUUUAUAGCGAUCAGAAGAGAGGACGUGCUCUUUUGCAAAAAGACAUCGACCCAAAAGACCCGGAAUCCGUCAGAAAACACCGCUUCAGCUACACCUUGGAAGAGCUCGAUGAGUGGGAGGAGUACAUGGUACAGCUCAAUAAACGGAGAAAUUUUAAGUAUCAAGCCUGCUACCACCGCUUCAUGAUUCUGAUCGCUCUCAUGUUCAUGCUUCCUGCCUGGUACUUCUUCAACGCAAUGCUCGUCGACUCGCCUCUCUCCGUCUUCAACUACUUUGACACUGUCAACACGACUAUGAACAUUUUGUAA